AAGGUCUGAAAGGUCGAACCUGAAGUCAGUUUAGGUGUCGGAUCAUCAGAGGAGUUGCUGUGUGUCGACAACAGAGACAAUAAGAUGCAGACGUCUCACAGACCUGUGCAGUGGCUCGCUGUCAUGCUUCUUAUCGUCUCCACAUCCGGACAGUGUGAACAGAACAAGAGUCGUCGAGCUGUAACCGAACACCAGCUGAUGCACGACCGCAGCCAAAACAUUCAGAGUCUCAAGAGACUCAUCUGGCUGUCCAGCGCCAUCGAGGGUCUCCACACAGCUCAGACCCGAUCGGCCUCUUUCAACCCCUCAAAGUCCCUGAACCUGCCUGUGACUCCUGCUGCCGAGAGCCCCCAACCCAGCCGGGUCCAGAGCCUCCUGAGAGACUUCUUUAACAAUCCCUACCUGUCCCAGCUGCCCGACAGAGAGCCCUGACACCACACUGAUGCACAAACAUGAAGCUACUGUACAUGCACAUACAAAAAUAUUUAUUGUUUUUUAUUUUAUCAAUAAAACGUAGAAGGCACAACGACAAUAACAUCCACACUGCCCAGAAAUCUGUCCAGCUGCAGACAUGUUUAACAUCAGGUGACCUGUUUGCUUUUUCUCCUCCUCACUCUCUCACUGCAGCAGAUAAAAAAAAUGUAGUCCUGAAGGUUUUCAGCAUCAUGAAGGUGGAUUUAAGA